GUGUGCAGCUUCACUAGUCGGGAAGAAGGAAAAGAAAACAACUUGGCGCAAACCUCUUCGGAAUUCAGACUUAAGAAUAAACAUACUGUUAUAAUUAAAACUGAUAUAAAUUGACGCUUUAUUACGAAUUUUUGCAUUAAAGACAUUUGCGCCAUGGUGAAGUUACGAGCCAGGUGUAUUGUUGUCGGAGAUGCAGCAGUAGGGAAGAGCGCCCUGUCUCAUAUGUUCUGCAGCGAUGGUUCUCACUUCCAGAAGAACUACAGCAUGACUGCUGGUGUGGAACUACUGGUGAAGUCAGUGAACAUUCCAGAGACCAGUGACAGUGUGGAGCUGUAUAUCUUUGACUCUGCAGGACGGGAAACUUUUGUGGAGGCAUGUGAGAAAAUGUGGGGGCAGCCAUCAGUGGUGUGUGUGGUGUUUGAGAUCAGCAGCCUGGACUCGUUCAACAGUUGCAGCCGCUGGCUAGAGAGAGUCCGAGCUCAGUGCAAUGGACUGCAGUUACUAGGUGUGUUAGUGGGGAAUAAGUCGGACCUGGCAUCGAGGAGAGAGGUGGAAACAACCGUGGCGCAGGAGUGGGCACAGGAACAAGGUCUCCAGUACCUUGAGACCUCUGCUAAGGAGAUGGAGAGCUGUGAUGCCCCCUUUCUGAGUUUAGCCCAGGCCUUUUAUGCUCUAUAUCAGGACAGGAGGCAGAUGAUCCAGAGGCUCGGUUAGGAUUCCACAGAGACGGACAAACUCUGAUGUUUAUAGCUCAUGUGUACAUAUUUAUUUAUUCAAUCAUGACAGCUUAACUUAAUAAUCCAACAGUGCAGCAGUUCCUCACUGUAUCCUACAAGGUUCAGUGUUGGGGCGUCUUCUUUAUAACGCACUGUUACAUGGCCAAAUGUUUGUGGACAUCUGACCAUCACAGCCAUAUGUGGGCCUUCACCAAACCACAAAGUUGGACGCACACAAUUGUAUAGAAUGUCUUUUGUAUGCUGUAGAAUUACAAUUUCCCUAAAAUUAAGGGGUCCAAGCAUGACAGUGCCUCUGUACACAAAGCGAGCUCCAUGAAGACAUGUUGCCAAGGUUGGAGUGGAAGAACUCCAGUAGCCUGCACAGAGCCCUGACUUCAAACCCACUGAACACCUUUGGGAUGAAUUGGAAUGCCAACGUGCCCCAGGCCUCCUCAAUGCCUGGCCUCACGAAUACUCUUCUGGCUGAAUGGGCAAAAUCCCAACAGCCACGCCCCAAACUCUAGUGGAAAACCUUCCUAGAAGGGUGUAGGAUAUUAUAAUAGCAAAGGAAGGAGGGGUAAAUCUGGAACAGUACAUAUCGGUGUGAUGGUCAAGUCUCCACAACUAGUAGCCAUAUAGUGUAUCUACUCAGUUUCCCUCUCCAUUAUUUGUCCAAUAUCAUUUAAACUUCUAUGGCGAUGAUUCACCAGUUUAUCUCAGCAUGAAACCUUCUGCUCCUCUCCCUCCUCCUGCUUUAAUCAGCUGCCUACAGGAAAGCAAAUGCUGGAUGACUUCAAACUUUCUCCUGAACUGAACUAUGACAAAACAGAGAUGGCAUUCUCGAAACUCCUUAUUGUAACCCCUGUUCAAAAUCAUCUCAAAAACACUCCCUUUUCAGUCACGUAUAAAUUCUGCAAUAAAAUCUUCACAAUAUUGCCUGUCUCUGGUCCAGUCUAAGCUUUCAGGAUCUACAAAGGUGUUUAUCACAUCUAAUCUUGAUUACUGGAGCUAACAUUUUUUCCUCUUAUAUCCCUUAACAAACAGUAUAGGGGUAUCGCAAUGUGUCCAAUUACUCAACUUAAUUGGCUUCCAGUCACAGUCCAGAUCAACUUCAAGUUCCUUAUUAUUAAAUUUAAAGCACUCCCUGAACUAGACCUUUCCUACCUUUCUGAACCCCUAUACAGCAACCCACUCAGAUCUAGAUCAAGAUUCCUUAUACAAAAGUCUCCAGAGUUGGUGACGGAACCUUUAGUGUCACUGGCUUGAAACUCUGACUUCACAAACCUCAUUCAAAACAAACCUCAACAAAUACAUGUUUAGUUUGGUGCUUUCUCUCCCACACACAAGUCUCAGUGUCUUAAGCAUCCUCUCUUGCCUUUCAUUUUGAUGGAUUUGUUGAUGCAAGAUUAUUAUUUUUAAAAUGUUAUUAUUACUGCAUAUUAAUUGCUUUGGUUUAUUUUAUAUGUUCACUCUUUUUUGUUUUAAAUAUACCGUGAUUUGAUACCUUGAAUGUGAAAGGUUUUAAAUAAACAACAACAUUCGGUUUGA